AUGAGCGGGAUAAACUUAGGCCGGCUCUGCUGGGUCCUCAUGCUUUGGGUAUUACAUGGUAUGAACUCUUCUACUGUGACAAACACUGGCAAUCGUGGAGCAGUGGCGUGUGAGAGCAAGAUAUGUAGUGAGAUAGGUGCGGAACUCAUAAAGAGAGGUGGUAAUGCAGCGGAUGCGAUGGUUGGCACGACCCUCUGCGUUGGAGUCAUCGGAAUGUAUCAUAGUGGUAUAGGUGGAGGUGGUUUUAUGCUUGUGCGUAGCCCAGAUGGAGAGUACGAAACCAUAGACUAUAGAGAGACAGCUCCAGCCGCUGCAUAUCAGGACAUGUAUAAAGACAAUCCUAGAGGGGCAAUCGUCGGUGGAAAUGCCGUUGCUGUUCCCGGUGAUCUACGAGGACUUGAGUAUCUUCACAAUAAAUAUGGACAACUACCUUGGCGAGCUGUUUGUAAUCCCGCUGCACAUGUUGCUAGAUAUGGAUUUCCCGUGACGCAAGAUACAGUUUACUAUAUGAAUGCAGUUUACAAUCAAGUUGGGUGGAAUUUUCUUCUGGAGGAUCCAAACUGGGCUAUAGAUUUUGCUCCGAAUGGAACCCUUCUUAAAGUCGGCGAUGUCAUGACGAGAAAAAGACUUGCCAACACAUUAGACACGAUUGCCGAUAAAGGAGCAUCAGUAUUUUACGAAGGAGAAAUGGCGAAUGCAACCAUUGCAGCUAUUCAAGCUUCAAACGGAACCAUGACUCUUGCCGACCUUCAAGAUUACGAAGUAAAGAUUCGUAAUCCCAUCAACAUAACUUAUCGCGACUACACUCUCCAUUCAACCGGAACUCCUUCCGGUGGUUCUAUCGCCCUCAGCAUUCUCAAGACUAUGGAGGGAUACGACAUGUCUACGCUAUCCGAUCUACUUCUGAACACACAUCGACUCGACGAAUCCAUGCGCUUUUCAUAUGCGGCGCAUUCCGAGCUAGGAGAUCCGUUAAUUUUUCCCGAGAUGGAAAGAUUCGAAGCGAUUAUCAUUUCAGCCGAAACUGCAAAUGCAACGAGAGGAAAGAUCAUGGACAAUAAGACACAGGAUAUUAGAAAGUACAAUCCGGACAUGUGGGAUAUUCAGGAUGAUCAUGGGACGUCGCAUAUGGUUACUACGGAUGCCUCCGGUCUUUCAAUUACUUCAACCUCUACCGUUAAUCUACUUUUUGGUUCCGCUGUUAUGGUUCCCGAGACUGGAGUAAUCCUCAAUAACGAAAUGGACGAUUUCUCGAUCCCUAACGUCCCUAACUACUUCGGUUUCACCCCCUCCCCUAUGAACUAUAUUCGUCCCGGUGCUCGACCUAUUAGUUCCAUCUCCCCCAUCCACAUCUCUCAUCCCAACGGAUCACAUUUUCUCUCCAUCGGUGCAGCCGGCGGUUCGCGAAUCCCUACCUCAACCAUACAAGCCAUUAUCAACAUAAUCGAUCAUGGCAUGUCGCUCGAAGAAGCAUUGAAACAACCUCGCAUGCACGAUCAAUUACUACCGGAAAGAACAACCGUAGAACCAGGAUUUAGUGAAGAGUUACAGGAAGCGCUAAGAAAGCGAGGACAUAACGUCGCGUGGGCGAGUGGAAGGGAGAGUGCUGUACAGGGCAUCAGGGCCUGGGGUGAUCUAUCGAUGGAAGGGAAAGAGUUGAGAGGGGGAGGAUGGUUGGAGGCGGUGGGAGAGCCAAGGCAGAAGGGUAGUGGUGGGGUUGGUAUUUAA